AUGAAUCCUAUUAAUGGGCAUGCAUCGUGGAAUUCCAUUGAAUCUCUGUUACUACCUAGUACUCUUGUAACGAUUCAAUCUUUGGGCUUUCAAACGAUGACACCCGUUCAGUCAGCAACGAUACCGGCGUUCCUAUCGUAUAAAGACGUUGUCGUUGAAGCUGUCACUGGAUCUGGUAAAACACUUGCAUUUGUUAUACCUAUAUUGCAAAUGUUAUCCAAAAGAGAUACGAAACUAAGGAAAUAUGAUGUAGGUGCUAUAAUUCUGACACCAACAAGAGAACUCGCUAUUCAAAUUCAUACAGUUAUACAACCAUUUUUAGACAAUAUGCAAGAUCUUAGUCAAAUUCUCUUCAUUGGUGGAAACAAUACCGUUAAUGAUGCAAAAAUGUGGAAAGAAUAUGGAGGCAAUAUAAUAAUUGCUACACCUGGAAGAUUUGAGGAUAUUAUAGAUAGGCGCAAAACGGAUUUUAAUAUUGCUGGCCACAUUAAAGCUCUGGAAGUUUUGGUUCUAGAUGAAGCAGAUAGGCUUUUAGAUCUGGGAUUCGAAGAGAGUCUUAAUACAAUUUUUAGUUACUUGCCUAAGCAAAGGAGAACGGGGUUAUUUUCUGCUACUCAAACUGAAAAGCUAGAACAGCUUAUUAGAGCCGGGUUAAGGAAUCCAGUUCGUAUUACUGUUCGUGAGAAAAAUAUCGUGAAGCAGGUAAACCAAAAAACUCCUGCCGCACUUGAAAAUUACUACAUGUUAUGUGGGUUUGAUACAAAAUUCUCAAAUCUGAUUCAUUUUCUAAAAGAAAGAAAGAAUUUAAAACAUAUGACCUUUUUUAGCACAUGUGCUUGUGUUGAAUAUUUUGGUAAUGUUUUAAAAUGUUUACUACCGGAUAUGUGCAUUCUUUGUAUGCACGGUAAAAUGAAGAAGAAGAGGACACUAAUAUUUGAGAAGUUUCGCAAAAUGUCUAGGGGACUCCUUGUUUGCACAGAUUUACUCGCGAGAGGUGUAGAUAUCCCAGAAGUGCAUUGGGUUAUUCAAUAUGAUGUUCCCAACAAAACUAAUGCUUUUGUUCAUCGCUGUGGCCGCACUGCAAGAAUUGGAAAUAAAGGAAAUGCUAUAAUAUUUUUAAAUCCGAAUGAAGAAUCCUAUGUUCAGUUUUUAUCGCUAAAUCAGAAGGUACCGCUUGCACGAUUUACAUCAAAUCAUGAAGUAGCAGAUUAUACUCAGAAAUUGCAAGAAUUAUCUAAAAGUGAUAGAGAAAUAUAUGAAAAGGGAAUAAGGGCGUUUGUAUCUUUUGUAUCAUCUUAUCGUAAGCACGAAUGCAGUUAUAUUUUAAGAGUGAAAGAGCUCGAUCUUUGUUCAAUGGCACGCGGUUUUGGCUUACUUCGCAUGCCAAAGAUGCCAGAGUUACGCAACGUUAACACCAGCCUAUUCGAAACUGUCGAUAUUGACGUUGAUGCCAUAGCUUAUAAAAACAAGGCUAAAGAAAAACAAAGACAAAUUGCUCUAAAAAAUCAGCGUUAG